ACAUGCAACUGUGAAAUUACUAAGAUUAUACUGUUUUGAUACAGGAAGGUGGAUGUAGAAGUUUAUGUUGGGCUUACGCCCAGAGAAGCCAUGUUUGUUGGAUCAUGGCACAACAUACAAUGUUCACAGAAGCCAAUGAACUUCCAGGACAAAGUACGCAUGGCGCGGAAAAUAUAUGAAAGUAGAAGUACGUGUAGCAGCAAUUGGAAGGGGGAAGUAAUGGUGGCCCUUGGUUCUUUGGACAAAAAGGUUUACAAGCUUGAGGGCCUGGGCCCAGUUCUCUCAGUAGCUGCCUACAGCCAAGAAAACUGGGCAGCAGUAGAACGCAUUUUCGAGUCCCACUCGCAAGAGUCAUUCCCUCAAAACUUAUUCAGACAGCUGCAGGGUGUCCAAGACAAAUCCAGGACACCCUACUUAAUAAAGGCAAUUGGCACUUCAGGAUUAAAAGUUGCCAGAGAAAUUGCUGAAGAUAAAAGAAAAGACCACAUGAAGCAAUUAGCUGUGGCCACAUUACAGAUGGGGACGUGGGAAGACAUCGAGGAGACAUAUACGUUGUCAGACAAGAUGUUAGAGUUCACUGGUGACUUAUCAACCCCUCAGGGACGUGAACGUUAUUGUUACCACGUUGAAAAAUUGUCCGUCAACGACAAAGAUGCAUGGACAGUUACAAUAACUGUCAAAAAAAAAUGGAAUUGACGUGCCAUUGCAGCCACAAAUUUUACAAAAGUUCACUGAAAAAAUUAUUAAAACAGUGCAAAAAAAUGUCACUGAUUUUGAAGAAUAAAUAGAUAGACGAAUUUUGUUGAAUUCUGUGGAAUAUCAAUUUUAAGUCACAAGUGAUCAUGUGGGUGAUCCACUCUUGAAAAUACAUUCUUUCUAUGAUCACGAGUGAUUUAAAAAUGAUAUUCCACAGAAUAAAACAAAUUUUAUUUUCACUUCAUGUUUUUUUUCAACGUUUAUUGACAUCGUAAACUAGUUUUGCUAAAGAAUUUUGCUGGAAUAGUGACUGUUAUUUUUCACUGUUUGAAACAAUGACGGACGGACGGACGACAGCGCCAAAACAAUAUCCCUCCGCCUCUGGCUGUGGAUAUACAUGUAUACUCAUACCAAGUUUCAAUGAAAUCCGCCAAAGCACUUCCAAGAUAUGGCUCCGGACACAAAAGUGCCUAUAGUAAAAAGCAUUUUUUCAAGAUACAAAGGGCCAUAACUCUGUUUUUAACAGAUGGUGUACAAUGCCAUUUGGUGUUCAUCAUCCUCUUAUGCAUAUAUAUACUCAUAACAAGUUUCAAUGAAAUCUGCCAAAGAACUUCCAAGAAAUGGCUCUGGACACAAAAGUGCCGGAUGGACAGCCGGACAGUCGGACGGACGGAAAACGCCAAAACAAUAUCCCUCCGCCAGAAACGCCUCUGGCGGGAGAUAAAAAUUCUCAUAUAAACUACGGUAAUCUGGUGAUAAUUGUUAGUGACAUACGGGACAUAAUUGUAACACUCUCAUGUAGAGCUAAAAUAGUAGAAUUUGAUUUCCGCAUAAAGAGAGUGAAUUAUGUAAAGACUUUUAACUGAGAUUAUGUUCCGGUACUUUAAUUUUAUUUUUUUUUUCAGAUUUUAUUCAAUUGAUAUAAGGGUUCGUUUAGAGUCAUACAAGCAACUAGCUGUAUUGUACAUGUUAAUACAAUUUAUUGUCAACCCUCGAACACCUUCUAUGGGAUGUGAUAUUUAUAUAUCAUUUGAAUGCUUACUUUAUUUAUAUUAAUUUAAAAUGUUCAUGAAAAAAAUGUCAAACAAAUAUAAUGUGCAUUUUCUCAACUAGGGGGGGGGGACAAUUUUAGUAUGAAUAAGGCCAAUUUUUUUUUACCUAAAACCAAAACCAGUCUUGGUUUUAUUCAUAUGCAAAGAUAACUUGCAUGAUAAAUAGGAAAUAUUAUACGAGUGUCUGAUUGACAUUAAUAUCAUCAUGCGAGCUUCAAGUCGAGCAUGGUAAUCUUGAUUUCUAUCCAACACUCGCAUAAUAUUAUAUUUAUCCAAUUAAUUUGUGGUCGUUUUUCGCUUUCGCUAAAAAAUCAAAGCAAUAGCGUUGGUUUCCCAAUAUUUGCAAUGAAUUGUUUGUUUAAUUCAAACAUUAUCAUUUGUUAUGAAAUAACAUUGAAUCAUACAGUGUUAUAAAAUUAGAGGAUCACAAAAAAAAUGCUCUAAAAUUAACAAUAGUAUAGAGCUAACGUUUAUAGUAUCAGUUGUAAUUCUAUCUGUUAUCAUGUAACAAUAGGAUAAACUAUAAUUUCUUCUGUUUAAGGCAAUGGCAAACUGAAAUUGUGUUGUUGUUUUACUUAAAAUGUGUCAUUUUUAUGUCCCCCACCACUAUAGUGGGGGACAUAUUGUUUUUGCCCUGUCUGUUGGUUUCUUUGUGUGUUUGUUUGUGUUUGUGUCAAACUUUGACAUUUGCCAUAACUUUUGCAAUAUUGAAGAUAGCAACUUGACAUCUGGCAUGCAUGUAUAUCUCAUGGAGCUGCACAAUUUGAGCGGUGAAAGGUCAAUGUUAAGGUCAUUCUUCAAGGUCAAAGGUCAAAUAAAUAGCUUCAAAGUGGCGCAGUAGGGGACAUAGUGUUUCUGACAAACACAUUUUUUGUUUUAAUAUGCAUUUACUGUUAAGUUCCUGAACUACAUUUUGAUAUUGUAUUCGAAUGACUGAAAAUGAUUGAACAUGUUGAUUAUGUCAUACAUAAUCUAUGUAUUUUUAUUAUUUAAAAAAAUUGUGUCUACCUUCCAAUAGUUAUGUCAAAUUAAAAAAUAAUCUGCAUAAAAAUCUUUUUUGGUGAAUUUAAUUAUUACAGGUCAAGCUAUUUAAGAGCAUACACAUUAAUUUUUUAAUUAAUUAUUAAAUUUAAAUCUAUACCAUACUAUAAAUUUUCAGUAAAAAAGAACACUAUGAAACACAUUAUGUAUUGAUCCUCAUUGUUAAUAUUGCAAGAUUGCUAAUUUAUUUGUCUUUUUAUGUGUGAUUUGAAGCAUUAUUUGCAUAACUAAUGACCAUUUUUCAAAGAACAAACAUAUUUACAAUAAAAUGAAUCUAGCGUUUUUACUAUUUAAACCAGCCAGAAAUAAGGUGACCUUUUAUAAACAUUAUUGGCAUUAAAACCUUAAUUUUGAAAACUGCAUGUUGUUAUUUAUAACCAUAAUUAUAUGUAAUGAAACAUAACGUACAAGUCUCGAUACAUGUCAAAAACUUUCCAAAAUGAAGUAAAACAGGGAAAACAAUAAAAUAUGACUUUGCAUAAUGAAAAUUGUUGCUUAUUUAUGAAAUGAGGCAUCCAGAUGUGUUGAAAAAUCAUACAACAACAGCAUAUUAUUUGAUGAUUUUUGAUGGUUUACAGUGAAAUAUGUGUGACAUAAAAUGUAUAUUUCACUGUUGAAACAGUGAAAAAUAUAAAUAUUUUUCACUGUCAUUUUUCUUUUUUUAUAUCCUGAUCUUCUACAGUAAAUGCAACGGCCCACAAAUGACGUAUGGCUCAAAAUUGUGAGAUGACGUAGCAUCAUAUAAUUCGUGUUCCCGCAUAAUAUUUCAAUAAACAUGGAAUUUAUAGCAGUGAGUUUUUCAACUGGGGCAUAAAAUAAUAAGAAAAUUUAUUAGUUUCAAUAGACUGUCGAUUUGUAUUCGCUGGUGAUCAUAAAAAGUAUAUAUUUUCACUUCCCCACACACAAAAAGAACAAUUACAAUUUCUAUGAUCACUUCACCAAACCAAAAAAUAUCCUACCUUUAUUUCACAUAAUCAUUCAGCAUAAAUCAAUUGCAUAUUGUUUGUUCAUACAUAUAUGAGCAAAUAUUGCUACUGGAGCCUAAUCCAUGCAUGUUUAGUGUCAAGCAAAGGCUAGUUUGCCCAUGCGGUGCAUGAGCAAAGGGGUUUGCCCAGACGGUGUAUGAGCAAAGGGGGUAUGCCCAUGCGGUGUAUGAGCAAAGAGGGUUUGCCCAGACGGUGUAUGAGCAAAGGGGGUAUGCCCAUGCGGUGUAUGAGCAAAGAGGGUUUGCCCAGACGGUGUAUGAGCAAAGGGGAUUUGCCCAUACGGUGCAUGAGCAAAGAGGAUAUGCCCAAUGCGGUGUAUGAGCAAAGGGAGUUUGCCCAUACGGUGUAUGAGCAAAGAAGGUAUGCCCAUGCGGUGCAUGAGCAAAGAGGGUUUUAAUCUUUGUUUUUAUGACCACUGACAUUUGCAUGGUCAAAACAAAGCAAAUGAAGCUGAA